AUGGAUAUGCAAGCAGAAAGGAUGGGCAGGGGCAUUGACCUGAUGGGUGACGAUUCUGCUGGAAUUUUUUGCUCAGAGGAGGUGAUGGGCUCUUCGGAUACCAUGACCGGGGACCAACUGCGACGUUUUAUUCAUCAUCAAGAGGCUCUUCAAAAUCCUCGCCUGAUAGGCUACGGAAGACAGGCCGUUAUGGUCUUGGCGACCUCUAAAGGCGUUGAAUAUGUGUUCAAAGUGUUCAAAAAAUGGGAAGAAACCGGCCCGGUCUUUGCUGCUUCGUAUAGAGAAGCCGUCGAAGCAUCGCCGUUUGCGAAGGAGUGCCGAGCAUUUGGUCGACUCGACUCAUUGAAGAGGAACGGUACUUGGGCGGUGAGGUGUUAUGGCUGGAUGAAAUUAACAGAUGAACAGUUCGAGACGAUUGGGAGUCUCGUCGACAACCACAAUAUGAGCCGUUGGGUUAUUGUCAAGGAACACCUGCUAAAGCUGCCGCUACCCGAAGACGUCCCAGCCAUUUUCGCAAAAUUCGACAUCGCGAGAUUGGCGAGCAUCUUGCCUCAAGAUAUUCGAAUGGGGAAUUAUAGGGAAUCGAAAAUCCUUGAUCUGUCAGGAACUUUGACAGGUCCAUGUCCAGCAUGGUCGGAAUUCCAAUUCCAUCAUUUCUAUGAGAAGACUACUCGCCGUGUGUUGGACUGGUACGAGUGCACGCCACUCGAUGCACUCGAUGCGGUAUACUUCUGA